AUGUCAAAUUCAAAUGAAUUAGGCGACUCCAUUUCAACAGCUCUAUCAUCAUCAUCAUCUUCAUCGUCGAUAUCUUCACCCUCGGCGUCGUCUUCAUUAUCCUCCUCCUUAACCCACGUGCUUGAAUCACAAAAUACUAAAUCUAUAUGCUUGAAAGCAUGUUAUACAGCUCAACAAGUUUAUAGUCAGUCAGAUCAAUUGAAACAUAAUCCUAAUAAUGCAUUUUGUCCUAAUUCCGAUACAUGGCCAGAAUCAUGUCAAUAUGUGUGUAAACAAAAUGCUGAUUGUCUUUCGUAUGGUUAUACUAAGUGUUGUCAAACAAUGAAAUGUUACAAAAAUUUACAACAGAAAAUGUCAGUAAAUUAUGUGAAAAAUUUUACACAAAUUGGUGUAUGCACUCAAGGCGUUUAUGAUCCUCAAACUGUUCCACCGGUACCCAGUAAACCAGUUGUUAAACAAGUUGAAAAUUCCAUUCAAUUACAUUCAAAUGGGCAACAGAAUCAAUUAGAAUUAGACUGGUCAAACUACUAUAAUUUAUCAACUAAUGAACAUAGUCCAAUUAUAUUUCUUAUUCAACUUCGAAUGUAUCCUACUGUAAAUACAUUAAACUCACCUUCACAUUCAUCAACUAAUAGUGUAUCAUUUUUUCCAGUGAAUAAUUUCAUAGAAUCAUUUCAACCAAAUGAAUAUUUAUUUGAUAAAUGGACUAAUUUAAUUUGGACUACAAAACUUGGCGCUGUUCUAUCUGAUCUAAAUCCAGGAACAUGGUACCAGUUUCGUUUAUUAGCUAUUUCAAGUGAAGGUUUUGGAGGAUGGGGUGAACCAAGUGAACCUAUUCGUACACAUGUUCAAUUAAUUCCACCGUCACGACCUCGAAAUCUUACUGAAAUACGAUCAAGAAUUUUUGAAAAUCAUGUAGAUAGUACAAUUCAUUGGGAUAUUCCAGAGGAAAUAACAUUCCCGCUCAAAAAGUACCAGAUAACGUGGCGUCAUUAUUAUGCAUUUAAUGGAGAAGACAGAAGUUCUCUAACGGAAUACACAGCGAAUGUACCUGGGGAUAAAACAGUAUAUUUAAUCCAAAAUCUUAAACCAGGAACAACGUAUAAAAUUGAAGUGAAAGCGGUUUCACUUUUUGAAGGAGUUGAAUUGAAAAGUCAUCCAGCAACAUUGUACAUAUCUACAAUACAAAUUCCAUCGCAAAAAACAGAAACAAUGCUUACAUCUUCCACAUCGACAAAUGAAAGUUGUAUGUGUGGUGAUACGAAGCGAGACUAUCUAACUGUUACUGAUCAAUAUUAUGAAAAUCGACAACUAAAUGUGAUCUUGUCAUUGAAUGUAAAACUAAAUAAAGAACAAUUUAAUAUAACUACUCCAAUAACAAAUAUUAUGUAUACAGUUGAGUGGAUGCCACGAGUUUGCAUUGAAACACAAAAUCAAACAAAUACAGAAUUUAUUGGAAUACGGCGAAAAAGAAUAGCAGAAUAUGAACUGAGAAAUAUACUUAUAACGGAUUUACAAUUUCAGUGUCAUUAUGAAGCGAAUGUAUUCAUUAUGCUAAAUCAUAAUAAUACAACUGCUACUUCUAGUAGUAGUAGUACUAGCAGCACGAGUAAUCAUUUAACAAAUAACAUAUCUCCUACAUUGUUUAAAUGGACUACAUGUUUUUGCACACCAGCAUGUCAAAAUGUUGUAAUCAAAGAUGGUGUAACUCCGCAACAUUGUUAUCUUCAAACUUCUUCAUCAGCUAUUCAACCGGUUGAAUUAAAGUACACAUUAUUAAGUAAUGAAAAUCCAAGAGAACUACGUCACUUAAAACAAAAUCGAAUGGAUGAAUUCAUAGUUGUGUCUGAAGCCAAUGCACCAUAUUUAUCUAAACCAACAAAUAUUCAAUCGAAUGUAGACACUGUUAAUUAUACUGCUAUUGUUACAUGGCAUCCAGUUACACCUACUGUAUAUUCAAAAAGUGAAUCUAGGCGCUCAUCAAGAACAUUGAGAAAUCGUACACCAAGUACAAAAACUACAAAUUCUGAAAUACGUGGUGUUCGAUUAACUUGGGGUCCAAGAUUAUAUGAACCGAUAGGAUACGAAGUGUACAGUAAUAUUAUUCAACCUCUCAUGGAUCCAGAAAAAACUCAGUCUAAAGUUUUAGAUUUGAAUGUCCCGGGUCUUCAGCUUAAAGGACUUAAACAAGAAACUUUAUAUAUUGUUCAAGCUCAAAUGAUUAGUGAAAAAGAGGAUGGACCAAUUUCAACUAUUUAUUUUAUGACACCCACUAACAAGAACAGAACUUUGCGCAAUAGUCAUUCAGUUCAAGCAAAGCAUAUAAACCUCAUAUGCAUUAUCAGUCUACUUCAAUUGAUCUAUAAUAUUGUGUAAAUGACUACAUGUACAGAGAAUGUGAGCAAAAAAAAUGGUGAUAUAUAAAAAUCUAAAUUCAUGUUUAAUAUCCUUAUUCUACACUAUAUUAUCUAACUUAUACUACUUGAAUUCUGUAGAUAAAUUGUUCAUUAUACAUAUCCACAUAAAUGACAUAUAAAUAUAAUCCAAUAAUCAAAUGACCAAAUGUAUAUAUACAUAUUGUAAUGGUAUUUAAUUCUUUUUCAAACAUUGAAUUCUAUGCACACAGACAAAAACAAAAACAAAC